AUACUGAUGAUAUUACAGAUUUUGCAAGUUCUCCUAAUAGUAAUACUGAUAAUGAAACACCUCAAUUAAAAUCACCAUAUUUAUUAAGAGAAAACCUUAAAUUCAAUUCAACUUGGUUAAUUACAUAUCUCUGGUUACGAUGUGAUAAUUUUAAAGAACAAUCACUUAAGCGACACCUUAAUAAUAAAGAUCAUCAGAAAACCUUGCAAACACAAUCAAAAGAACAACUAAAUAUACUAAUUCAGCAUAAUAUAGCUACAAACACAAUUACAGAUCUUUGUAGUCUUAUUGAUCAACAAAUUCAAAAUUCACAAGAAUUGCAUAUAUCAUCAAACAUUAAUAUUUUAAAAAGCCCUUUCGCAUUAAAAGAUAUAGAAUUAACAAGAAGUAAUUAUAGUUCUUAUACUAAUAAUCAUGCUGAAAGAGAUUUUAUUAAUGCAAUUGGAGAAGUAAUUGAACAAAAGAUUUGUUAUGAGAUUCAUAAUUCAUCAGUAUGGAGUUUAAUGAUUGAUGAAAGCAAUAUGGUUACAAGAGAAAAAACUUUAGCUAUUGUAUCUAAAUAUAUUACUUCUAAUAUUCUGUCAUCUUAUGAACGAAUGGAAAUUUUAAAAAUGGUUGAAAAACAAUUAGAUGAUUCUGAUUUGCACUUAUUACGUAUUGUUAAAACAUGUUGGCUUUUUUUGUCAAAUGUCGUAUCAAAUUUACAUC